AUGGUUCGUGGUGGUCCAGCGAACAGAGCUGUCAAAAGAGCUAAAGUAUUUGCUCUUGCCAAGGUAGAAUUUGUUACAUACGAUGUUAUUCUUAAUUUGUACAGUAUAUAAAUAGGUCUAUUAAAUCCCUAGGGGGUUGGGUGGGGCGGGGGCAAAGUCCCACAGUGUUUAGCAGUUAUUGGAACGACCCACUCACCCCUAUCUUGAGCAUUUUGCAGUAUGGGUGGGUUUUCCUAACUGUUAUUACAGUGAUAAAAUAAAUUAUGCUUCAAAGGCACAUGCAUUUUCAUUUUGUAAUACAAAAGAUCUGUUUAGGGCCAUUCCAUUUAAUAUACACACACCCCUAUGGACGAGAAUUUCUGAGGGGGGGUUGAAAAAGCCGUUUCUGACGGGUUGUGUGCAUCGGCAUCCUUUGAUCUUUGCAUUUUUUCUGAGGGGUAAGGCAAAAAUUUCUUAAUUUCUGAGGGGUGUUUGUGUCGGCACUUUGAUCUUUUUUUCUUAGGGAUUCAAAUUUUAUUGACCUCGUCCGUAGGGGUGUGUGUACAUUAAAUGGAAUGGCCCUUACAGGGUGUGAUAAUUCGAGAUUUGUAGUCGGUACCCGACUGGUACUCCAAUGAUUUUUGCCGCAUACUUGAGCUGGUACAAACUUAAUACCCAAGGUGUACUUAGUCUUUCAAAUAACAUACAUAAAGUACAGAUUUCUAUUAAAAAAGUAUUCAUUCAGUAACCUGAAACUACAAGUCAGAAUGAGAAAGAUGACAAUUACAUACACAAACACUAGAAUUGGCUCAAAAAUUCCUUAGUCCCACCAGUCCAGUCAUGUCUCAUGCCAAGUCAUGUCAGACGUACCUAUAUACCAUUACGUGCACGGUUUUGAACAGGGACGCCGGAACUGGGGGGGCAGGGGGGGGCGGCUGCCCCCCUUGCCUUUUGCUAGGGGGGGCAGGGGGGGCAGAAGUGCCCUUUUAGUUGUAAAAAAAUAUGUGAUAAAUCACAUUUCCAACGAUGCUUUUUGUAGGAAAAUCACGAGAUUCAGGUCAUUUAUAGUUGAUAUUUAUAAAAAUUUUGGGAAAGUUUUGGAAUUUAGAAAAAUAUUUUGAAGAAGAUAUCCGGAAAAAUUUUUGGCUUCACGGAAAAUUUUUGUAUGUCCGGAAAAAAUUUUUGACCCCUAAAAUGGUACACUGACCGAAAUUUUUUUGGUGACAGGGGGGGGGGGAAGUCGCCAAAAAAUUUGUAGUGAAAAAAAAAUUUUCAGUAAAGGUGCCCUUGGUGUGCGUCCGCCCCCCUUUGCCCUAUUAUCGUUCCGGCGUCCCUGGUUUUGAAUACCUUGGGCUUGGUAAGGUACUGUGGUACCAGCAAAACAAAAUGCAAGUAUGCAGAUAGCAAGAGUUCCUUGUACCUACGUUGUACUUGGUUGGAAACAAAGAAGUAUCAGACCGUAAUAUUGGUAUACCUCCAGUACGUAAGUACGCGAUUUAUCACCCCCCCCCCCGCUGUUUACACUACGCAGUCUACGCUCAAUUUUGGCAUGGAUAAAACUGGUCCCUGUCCCAAAAUGCAAGGUUCAGCUCAGAUAAGUUUGUCAGUGUAAACACUUCACCUGUGCUACUUUUCAUCUGAGCUGAACCAAAAAUUUGAUCCAUGCCUUGCCAAAAAUUGAGCAUAGUGUAAACAGGCCUUUAGUUGAAUUAUCUUGCCCUUACAUGUAUCAACAGUUACAAAUACAAAGUUGACCACCAUCUGCCGCCUGUAACGCUUACUGAAACCACCUAUAGACAUUAACAUGAAGAAAUGUAAGAGAAUUUUCAACUAAUAUAUCUCUGUAUGCCAUUUUUAAACACAGUCAUUUGGUGCAAAAGGUCGGUCAAAGAAUGUAUACAGCUUGGCAGUACGGAUGGUGCAAAAAUCAUUGCAGAGGCAGUAUGUUGCAAGAAAGACAACAAAACGUGACAUGCGUUCUGUAUGUGUUCACUGUUAUUCUAUAAUCCAGUGCCAUAAUUGAGAACUGUUCAUUUAGCACUUAUCCUAAUAUAUUUCAACUUGUAUUUAGCUGUGGAUCACCCGCAUCAAUAUUGCAGCAAGAGAACACCAUGUUCCUUACAGUGUGUUUAUGAAUCAAUUGACCAAGGUUAAUAAAAAUAAUAUUAAAAACAAUUAUUAAAACAGGGUCUGAAAUUUUUUUCAGUACCGUAGCCCACUGGGAUACCACGAUUCAGAGUUUAUUUAAUUAGUAUUUACUCAGCCUGUUAUUAUAUGAAUUAUAGAACAACAUUCAAUUGAAUAGAAAAAUGUUGUCAGAGUUGGCCAUCCAUGAACCAAGGACAUUUAAGGUAGCUGGAGAUUCUUUAAGCUAGCUAUUUUAUAGUAUUCCUACAUGUAACUAAGCCAAUGGACCUAAUGCCCCUUAUAACUAAAAUUUUUAUCUAGACAAGUAUAGACAAAAAUUUCAUCACAGCUUGAAAGAGCAUCGCAAAAUUAGUAAUAUUCUAAAGUUUUGUUGCGAAAUGUUGUAAAAUGCGGAUAAUAUAUAUAGUCUUGCGAAGUUUGCCGAUUUUCAUUCAUUUUGUAUUACGCAUGGGGAAUUGUGUUGGGGUAUCAAUUUCCCGUUUGUAAUACAAAAUUACUGAAAAUUGCAAAUUUCGCAGGGCCACAUAUAUUAUCCACAUUUUACAACAUUUCGCAACGAAACUUCGGAAUAUUACUAAUUUUGUGAUGCUCUUUCAAGCUGUGAUGAAAUUUUUGUCUAGACUUGUCAACAUCAAAAUUUUAGUUAUAAGGUUAAAGGUCCAUUGUCGUACUAUAUAUACAUUUAUAUUUGUAGGCAUUUGCAGAUUUUGCAAGAGAACAACAUAAGCAAGGUUUGAGGGCUGCUUUAAAGUGA